UGCCUUAGCGUUUAAAGAUGGAGUACAGACAGAGUGGAUGGUACGUAGAAAGGAAACAGCACCUUUGAAACGACAAACUGCAUCACGUUGCAAAUCAUGGUCACUGAAUCCUCUGGAGACCUAGUGAGUUGUUGAACGGACACCUCUAUGUGGAAUGAAUGAGAAGUUAUGAUAAACCUUGAACGAGGGAACAAGAAUUUUGCAACACUUCUCAUCAUCUUCGUGUCGAUGCAUUCAAACACUAUCGGAUGGAAAGUCGGGGUCAAGGACCAAGACAAGAUUUGUUACCUCUACACGCACCAGACUAAGACCUGUUUCAUACAGUCCCAGGUCAGUGGUUGGGUUGUCCUGCCGCUGCACCUGACGCCCACCACGGUGGCCGAUCUGACCACGCCCCUGGACAUAUCCUGGUUCCGGCGCGUCAAACUCCGGAACCGGCACGCGUUGGCCGUGGUGAACCUCUUGGAGGGAGGGCGCCCUCCUGAAUUCAUGUCACUCUCGGAUAACCGGACCGAUUUGACCAUCAGGAUUUUGUCUGAAUACGACAUGAGCCGAAACAGCUUCAAGGCGAGGGUCGGGAGCAAGGAAAACGGCGAUUACCAGAAUUUCGUCAUCGAGUCCGAACCCAUAGAAGUUGAAGAGCCCCAACCGGGCGAUUUCGUCGCUAUCAACACCGUAGAUUAUUUCACAAUCCCCGGGAGGGACGCUCACUUUGACUGGUCAAAAGAGGGCGCUCGCCACCUGCCCAGAAAUACUGGCAUAAGCCACGACGGCAAACGGCUGGUAAUACGGCAUUACGUCCCCGCAGAAGACUCCGGAGUGUUUGUAUGUGACGUGUACAGCCCUACAGACUACUUCAUAGCCGGGAGGCGAUUUGUCCUGGGAGGUGCAGGACACGCAGACGCUAACUUGGACACUCGAGGUUCUUCCAUCGGUCACACGCCGUACUCUCAAAAUCGACAGGGCAACGCCGCCCUCUACGAGUGGGAAACCUCGGGCGUGGAUUUUCCCUGGGUUGACGGUGAACCAGAUCUGGAUGUGGAUCCCUUGCACAUCGGUGAAAUCGUGCAUACCUUCAAGAACAAUGGAGAUAUCAACUACGCACUACAGGGAAGGACCCAAUACCUGGCAUGCCUACCUAGCAACAUGGCGCCUGUUGAUCUGACAAAGAUGGAUCCCAUUUUCACCUGGAGUAAACUAAAAGGCAGCGACGUCAUUCCAACCUUUGACAACGGCAGAUAUUUAACAAUUGAAGGCGGCAUCCUUCAAAUUUCCAGCGUGACACCAAAGGACUCAGGGAAAGUAGAAUGUAGGGUGACGUACCAUGACGUCACAGGCGAACCAAGAGUGAAAACCUAUUCCUACGGCAUUGAAGUGUAUACCCUACCAGACUUCGUGUAUUCGGUAUCAGCCGCGUACACCGCGGAUGACUGCGAUUCGGUUCAACGAAACGCGGUCUUCAAACAGCUCCUUGGAACCCAUCUCCAGUCGUCCAUCGUUGCGGGCGAUGCCUCCUAUGAGAUCACGGACUUUGUGGCAAUUUGCACCGGUGCGGUGGACGGCUCUUCCGGGAGAGUUGGCAGCGAGUCGGCCGAGGGCACCCGGCUGAACCUGGUGAGCUUCGACGUGACGGUGAGACACGCGGCGGUGUCAGAGUGCAGCAUGCCGUGCAUGGUGGGGGAAAUGGACAUCAAGACGAGGCUGGUUGGGCUGAAGUUGGGCGCAUUCUUCAGUCGGGAACUGGAAGAAGGACAGCACGGAUACGACUCCUCCCGUCUGAUUCCUGACUCGCUGCGUUUUUCGUUGAAGUAUCGCUGUGAGGAGGGCUACGGGCUGCACGCCUCCAUUUGUAUUGCUUGCCCGCCGGGGUCGUACAGCAAACAAGGCAGCGCAAAGUGCUCACAAUGCCCAGUAGGCAGGUACCAACCAGCAUAUGGUGCCGUGGAUUGUAUCGAUUGCCCAGCCCGUGAAUUCACCCUCUGGUCCGGUGCGGUCUCCGUUGAAGAGUGCCAAGUGAAGACUGUCCUUCUGUGGUCUUUGAUGGGAGUGUUCGGUCUGAUGGCGCUGUCUGGCCUGAUAGUGUUGGUCAUACUGUACAGAUUCGGGAAGCGCUUACAUAAGGCCGAGGGUCAGGGUGCCACUGAGGUUGCGACCGUGGCCAAGCAAUCGGACACCAAGGCAAUGAAAGAUGUCGCUAAGAAACCGGCUCGUAAAGUGACCAAGUCAAAGAAGUAUUCGUUGAUAUCUAACAUCUCUAGUCCUGCCCUCCAGAGUGAGCUAGAAUCACUAUUAGAAUCCAGCGGUAAAGACGACAGUGAUGUAGAGUCGCAACAAGAGGGCGCAGCAACAAUUUUUCGCCAGACUGGUCGUCCAGAAGAAGUUCCCGAUGGCACAAAAUACGAAUUGCAGGAGCAAGAUACGAGCCUGCAUCACGCGGUGCAGAAGGGCAAUAUUGACAAGACCGGCGGUGCAACGAACCAAAAUAACACAACAAUCUCUCAACUUCCAGGCAACUUUGAGCUUGUUUAUCAGCGGCAAAAAGAGCCGUGUGAUCAGCUCUCUCGUUCGCAAGUGGCCACUGAGCAUGGCAGGAAUGAAUGGCAACGUUCAGCACACCCAUCUUUCCACGAUUCGUUUAGGGACAAAACACUCCAAGAAUCUGCAAUGCCACACACUGAUUCAUAUUCAAAUGCGAAUGUCUCUUCCGAGAAGCCAUCUCACACGCGAAUGAGUUUGACCAAACUGCCCCUCGAAACGCAGCUUGAUUUCCUGUCUCAGCGAGCGUUUACACCGAGGACUGGAGAAGCUCACUUUACUCAUAAACAUUCUUCUCGACAGACUAACAUUAUAUCCCCCAACUCACCACCAAAUCCUCAUACUUCAUUUCCAUCUCAUCGGCAAUUCACACUCCAAGACAGCUUCCAGAUGGAGACAUACCCGUCAACCACUCUCAGUGAUCAUCCCGAUAUCAAUUUUAGACCAUCUGAUAUUCAAAGACAGACCUCUGUAGCAAGCCCCUCUCAGGUCCCUACAGCGAGCCGUGGAAGUAGCACUUUACCACCAAGAAGGAGAGAACCGUCAUUUGGUUCUGCCAGCCCCGAUUCUCCAGCGAGUAGCCGUUCCAGCAGUAACUCUGACCUCACACGAUCCUCUGCUGUGCUCGCUGAUUUCUCCGAUGAGAUAUAUUCGGAGACUGAAAUCGGGACCUACAUUGUCGAAGGAGACCACCUUCCACCGGAAGAGGAAAGUCGCCGAUCCUCACCGAUUCUUCAUCCAAAUUUGUCUCCAGGAAGAAGCUCCGUUGCGGCACUGAUUGCGUCUUAUCACGCGUUAUCUCAAAGAGGUCCAAGUCAUACUCCUUCACAGGUUGAUCGAAUUUUAGAUCUAUCUAGUGCUGCAAGUUCUAGCCCUAGCUCAUCAAAAACAACUUCACUGACCGGAAAACACGACACAGAUGUCAACAGAGUGGUCUCUGAGAGCGCUACCCGGAUUACAUACUCCGGAGAGCAGAUUUUGCCAAGCAUAUCUAGACAUAGAGCUCUACCACAUCAUUUACAGCCUGCGACCUCUGGGAUAGUUGGUGCAACCCCAGUACCCUCCCCUCCAAGAACUCCGCAAAGAGAACAGUCGAAAAUUUUCACUCCCGCUAUUUCAUCUGCUACGGCUACGCCAAUUGAUAGUCCCCCAAUGUCUCCUACGACUGUUACAAGAGACCUUGAUCAGACUGUAAGUGAGUACACUCAAAGAGCAACAUCACCUCGAGAUCAGCUCACAAUUCCCCCUUCCCCUCCAAGAAUGCCUCCAGAGAGCCUGGCAAGAGCUUCCACUCCUUCUCAAACUAAGGAACUUUCUUCCUCACUAUCCUUACAGGAAAGCAGGUAUACCCCUCAAAGACCCCCGUCACCCGUACGUGCUCCAUCGAUACAACUCCCUCAGAUAUCUCCCAAGGAGUCGUUGAUGACCAGGAGGUCCUCACUCAUGACAACCCCGUCAGGUAGACCAGUGAACCCCUUCAAACUGCAACGACUUAGAAGGCAGUCUUUAGAAGGGCAAAACUCCUCACACCUCACCUCCACAUUAUCUGCAGCGCCUCACUUUGAAAGUUCGUCCUCGGUUCUACCUCGGCAUCAGUUGGACACACCACUUGUAGCACCUCAUAGUGUUGUAUCUUCCUCUGCAACCCACUCAACUAAUGUUGUUUCUUCAAUAAAUAGGAUUCCUUCUGAGAAUUUAGCACCUCCUUCCAUUCCAGCUCCUCCUCCGAUGACGCCAUCCACAAUCGCUCCUCCUUCCCAAACACCAGCGAUGCCCCCACCUCCCGCUCAUUUAGCUCCUUCUACCAGCCCCACCCAUCCAGUCAGCGCACCUCCUCCUCACUCCGGCGGUGUCCUCCCUCCCUCACCUCCGCCUCCCAUCAGUGCUUUGCCACCACCAGGAGGACCUCCGUUAGCCCCACCUCUCUCAACGGCCCUACCCACCGCGACUACUGCUGCAACUGCGGAUACAGAUGCGGAGUCUCCCGCGAGCCAGUCGAGUGCCCCUCCACACCCCGUGGCAGCUCUAAUCGAUCAGGAAUUUGAGGGCGAGAAAGGCCCCAAGUCCCUCACGUCCGAACCGGUGAAGGGGUGGUCCGGGGAAAACAUUUCUGCAAGUACGCCGACGACAGCGGUACUGGGGAGUGUAUCGACGCCCCCAGCUGGUACCGUACCUGCCCCGCCACCUCCUCCACCCCCACCGCCUUUGCUUGAAGAUUGAAAUUUACUAUGAUAAAGUCAGUUGAAGACGUACAAUUUGAGACCCAAAGCGUAAUAUCUAUCUUGUUGAAGUGAGGAUUUAAUCGUCAUGUGAUGUAAUGAUUGCAUUUUUAUUACAUCAUAACAAAUGAAAUUGCCUUCAAGGCAGGACUUUUAUGAAGAGAAUUUCUUUUCUUUUGUAGACGCUCGCAUAACAUCAACAAUAAUUAAAGAGAAAAGCCUUCUUAUCAAAAAUUGCAUUUUUUCACAUGUUGAUGAAUCUUUCCCCACAAACAAAGACACGUUUCACUGAAACCAGGGCCCAGGAUUUCUGUCAAUGAAUAGAUAAAACUGACCAUGUUAACAUAACAUAUUCAAAUUUUGAUGAACAAAAAACAGUAGUUAUGAUUACCAAAAAUAAAACUUGCACGGAAUGGGUCACCACAUUAAUGCUAUCAGAAAAUUGCCUUGUACGUAUAGCCCUCGCAAUGAUAAGAACUGAUUAAAAGAAACCCAAAAUGAGUUCUCCGACAUUACCUACGGAUUAAAGACACCUCCUUAUUUCUCUUUACUGCACCUUUAAAAGUUGGGUUAAACCAUUCAAAUUUAAGUCACUGAACUUAAGACGUAACUACAUAAAAGAACAAUGCCCCAAACCAGCUAUGCGUAUCAGGCCUUUAUGGCUAAAAAAAUCAAUGUAUGGAUUUAAAAAGAGAGAAUUAUAAAAAGUCUUAGACCAGAAAAA